CAGUACAGGGAUGACCAGAGACUGCGGACACAGUACAGGGAUGACCAGAGACUGCGGACACAGUACAGGGAUGACCAGAGACUGCGGACACAGUACAGGGAUGACCAGAGACUGCGGACAGUACAGGGGAUGACCAGAGACUGCAGACACAGUACAGGGAUGACCAGAGACUGCGGACAGUACAGGGAUGACCUGAGACUGCGGACACAGUACAGGGAUGACCAGAGACUGCGGACACAGUACAGGAGAUGACCAGAGACUGCGGACACAGUACAGGGAUAACCAGAGACUGCGGACAGUACAGGGAUGACCAGAGACUGCGGACAGUACAGGAGAUGACCAGAGACUGCGGACACAGUACAGGAGAUGACCAGAGACUGCGGACACAGUACAGG